AUGGCGGUGGCAUUGGAUGCAGUGUGUGUGCGGGUGAAGGGUGUCUGCAAGCAGAAUGGGCUGCUCAUCCUCUCUGUGCUGGCCGUCAUCAUCGGCUGCCUGCUGGGCUUCUUCCUGCGUACUAAACAGCUCUCUGAGCAGGAAGUGAAGUAUUUCCAGUUUCCAGGAGAGCUCCUUAUGAGGAUGCUGAAGAUGUUAAUUCUGCCUCUUGUUGUUUCCAGUCUCAUGUCAGGUCUGGCAGCACUGGAGCCGAAGUGUUCGAGCAGGUUAGGCCUCAUUACCAUCUCCUACUACCUCUGGACCACAUUUUUGGCAGUGGUGGUCGGCAUCGUCAUGGUUUCGAUCAUCCACCCAGGGGGUGUGGCCCAGAAAGAGGACUCGGAGGACAGCAGCAAACCCAUCAUGAGCUCAGCCGAUGCCCUGCUCGACCUCAUACGAAACAUGUUUCCUGCUAAUUUGGUUCAAGCUACAUUUCAGCAGUAUCGUACUAACAGUGUACCCGUCAUGAAGACACUGAGGACAACAGAGAGCUCGAGUGUGACACGUCGCACACUCAUCUACAAUCUCCAAGAUGACACCGGUAACAGUGAAAAUGGCAGCGAUGUCCGCAACUUCCAGCUGGACCUGACGCCUCCACCUGAUGUGGUGAUGCGCACCAAGCCUGGAACGAGCGAUGGCAUGAAUGUGCUGGGCAUUGUCAUCUUCUCUGCUACUAUGGGCAUCAUGUUGGGCAGGAUGGGUCCUAAUGGCAGUGCACUUGUUAACUUCUGCCAAAGUCUUAAUGAGGCUGUGCUCAAAAUUGUAGCUAUUGUUAUCUGGUACUUUCCAUUCGGGAUCGUAUUUCUGGUGGCUGGAAAAAUCCUGGAGAUGAGCGAUCCAUCAGAUAUGGGUAAGAAACUGGGAUUUUACGCCAUUACAGUGGUGAUGGGUCUGGUCCUGCAUGGUCUCUUCAUCCUGCCCAGCAUGUACUUCUUUAUCACUAAGAAAAGUCCCAUUGUUUACAUCCGGGGAAUCCUACAAGCUCUGCUCAUCUCACUAGCCACCUCAUCCAGCUCUGCCACGUUGCCCAUCACUUUUAAGUGCCUACUGGAGAACAACCACAUUGACCGGCGCAUCAUUCGCUUCGUGUUGCCUGUUGGCGCCACCAUAAAUAUGGAUGGCACGGCACUGUACGAGGCUGUGGCAGCCAUUUUCAUUGCUCAAGUCAACAACUAUGAGCUGGACUUUGGCCAGAUCAUCACCAUCAGCAUCACAGCCACAGCAGCAAGUAUUGGUGCAGCAGGCAUCCCGCAAGCUGGCCUGGUUACCAUGGUAAUAGUGUUGACCUCCGUUGGCCUGCCAACCGAUGACAUCACACUUAUCAUUGCUGUGGACUGGGCUCUAGACCGGUUUCGCACUAUGGUCAACGUGAUGGGAGAUGCGCUUGCUACAGGAAUUAUGGCACACAUCUGCAGGAAGGACUUCAUGCAAGAAGGAGAUGGAGUUCCUCUCAUUUGUGAGACAAAACCUGUCCACAUCCAGCAGCUGAUGAACUGCCAGCAAAAUAACAGCAGCUUCCAGCCACUUCCAGCAGGAAGCAAACCUGAGUUCAUAUCCCCAGAUGUCUCUCGCCUUAUGCAGUUAGAGGAAGGAGUGCGACCCCUAUCUCCCGAGCGGAAAAUACCCCCAGUGCCCCCACGUCACCUUAAACACAAGGACAAGGAGCACUGCUCCAUCGACAUGAACGGCCUCGAGACCAAUGUAUAG